UUGUAAUGAUGAUGUGAGACCGAAACCUAGCUAGCUAGCCUAGCUAAAGUAAUGAAGAACCGGUAAGAAAUGGAGGAAAAAACACACGUCAUGGGGGGACAUAGUGCUGGGCCUCCUUUUACUUUUCAUCUAAUGAUAUUAGUUAUUUGUUCUCACCUGUAUGGUAUAAAGCAACCGUUGAAUUCUUCCUGGCGGCGUUAGCCUGUUAGCGUGCUAGGCUGCAGGCGAGGCUGGUUUCAGUGGGUUCGUGUCUCGGUGUGAUUUGAAAUGGCCGAUUGCAGACUGAACAACAGUCGCCACCAAUCGAAUUGUUGUAUAAUUUACCCCUGUUGCAUGACACUCAACUGUUGUUAGUUGGACCGGGCUUUUAGAUUGUUUAGCCAUCACAUUUGCUGGCGAAUCAACCUCAGCUAACGCUGCUGCUAGCGGAACCGUUUGGCCUGGAAUGGAGCCAGGCGACUUGCGAGAGAGCCCCGCCGGGUCCGGGGAGUCAGAUGCUGGGGAUUGGAGGGAGGUUAUUCCCGGUGAGGAUGAGGAGGUCAAAGCCGCCGAAACUAAUGGAAACGCACUAGAUACUGCGCGCAGGGACACCUGCGAGGAGGGCGAAAGUGAAAAACCAAAAUGCGUGGGAGAGCGGUUACACAGCCCCUACGAGGAGGAACUGGACCCCAGGAUCCAGGAAGAGUUGGAGCAUCUCAAUGAAGCCAGUGCAGAAAUCAACAGACUAGAACUGCAGUUGGAUGAUGCCAGAUCAGGAUACCGGAAGAUCCUCACAGAGUCUGCCAGGAAGCUAAACGCUCAGAGCUCUCAGCUUGGUGGUUGCAUUGAGAAAGCAAGACCCUACUAUGAAGCUCGUCGUCUAGCGAAAGAGGCACAGCAGGAGACCCAGAAGGCAGCUUUGAGCUACGAGAGGGCGGUUUCCAUGCACACGGCUGCCAGGGAGAUGGUCUAUGUGGCAGAGCAGGGCCUGAUGGCUGAUGGGAAGAACACCCUGGAUCCCACCUGGCAGGAGAUGCUCAACCACGCUACCUCCAAGGUGAACGAAGCCGAGGAGGAGCGACUCCGCAGCGAGAGGGAGCACAUGCGUGUCACGCACGCCUGCCAGGAGGCUGAGGCUCGGGUUCAGAUGCUGCAAAAGUCCCUCAAAAGAGUCAUCGUGAAAUCCAAGCCAUACUUUGAGCUCAAGGCCCAGUUCAACCACAUACUGGAGGAGAACAAGGCCAAAGUGCUGCAGCUGGAACUGCAUGUAGCCAAAGUGAAGACUCGCUAUUCCAUCGCCCUACGAAACUUAGAACAAAUCAGCGAGCAGAUCCACGCUCAGAGGGGGAGGGACCAGGCCGAGGGGGGAUGCCCGACGGUCUGCGGUGGGCGAAGUCCCCCCGUUGGAGCUGAGUCCGACAUCAGAGUAAAGAAAGAAGGUGGAGCAUGCAGCGGCGGUGCGAUGGGGUCGGAUCGAGUGGAUGCAGCCAUCGACCUGGUGGAGAAAUACAAAGAGAAGGAGAAUGAAAAGGAGAGGGAGCGGGCGGGGUCGGAUUCCCUUUCGGUCUUCAGCCUGCAGACCAUCGCUUCCGACUUGGAGAAAUAUGACUCCAUUGAGCACCUCGGGGACCUCAGCGACGUUGGGAGCGUAACUGGGGAUGAGGGGGAGAAAGAGAGAGGCGGCGUGAUCGAUAGAAGAGACAAGCUGACGGAAACAUCCGCCAAAGAGCGCCAGCAGCAGUUCUACAAGCAGCACCACCGAAGCUUCAGUUUGUGAGGCCGUCAUAGAUGCAACAGCUAUAAACACAGCUAAAGUAAAACGUGAGCUAUCAAAAAACAAAUUAGGGUUAAACAUAGUUACCAACCAAAGUAUAGAACAGUGAAUUAGCUGCAGAUGUGAAACUGCAGUGAUGCAGUUGUAGGUGUAUAUAUGAUACUAGGUGUAAAUAAGCACAUGUAUGUUGACUGACAUUAUUCUAAAGCUGACACUGAUUAAUAGUUAACAUUGCAGCCUAGGUAGAACACUACUGAAAUCUAAAGAGCUUUCAAGCCUCCAGGGCAAGUAAACUGUAUAUUCGCUCCCUGUGAGGGAUUCUGGGAAGAAUUUGUUCCUUGAGCAUGAAGGAAUAGCGAAGAAAGAUCAAAAGCCUUUUUCCAACAGACAUAUUUAGAAAGGCAUCAUUUCUUAUUUUCCCAGGCUAAUCGUUGAUCUAAUUUGGUGAGACUGGUGAAAACAAAUCCCUCCAUUGUGUCCCCUCCAGUCGUGUCGAGUCUUAUCAGCAAUUGCUUAAAGGUAGAGGGUGGCAGGGUGUCUCCACACACACACACACACACACACAUUAAUAUUCACACACUGAGAUCCUCACUGUCCACCCUCAUCAAGUUCGUGUGUAGGGAAAAAUGACAAAAACGGUUCUCUGUCAGUGCAGAGUGAAAGCAUGUUUGAAUCCACAUUUUGUAUAUUUAUUUCUAGCAACAUGCUGCGAGUAGCGUUUUGUUAUUUUUAGCACGAGAGAAUGCGUUUUUUGAAAAUUCCUGAAACGAUGAACAGAAUGAAGUCUGAAGAUAUUAAAAGACUCCUUAGACGCUCUCCACUCUGACAGCAUGCACUCCUAGUUGGCUAUUUAAACAGACAUUUAUGACAUGUAUUCAGGGCUACAUAUAUGCUGAAACAAACACUGACACUAUUAAAGCUAAUGCUAAUGAUGAAGCUCUCAGCCAUGUUUUUGUUUUUAUGUAAUUUUGCUGUGGUCUUUUGAUGCAAAAGCCUUUCCUAAAUUUGUAUUAUUUGGAUAUUGUUUACAUUUGUAUAAGUGGAUUUCUUUGGCAGCAAAUGCAUUUCCUCUUUUUGCUUGCCUUUUAAAAAAAGAAUUGCCCUUGCUGUAAUUUGACGUGUGCCUUGACACAGAACAAGUAACAAAUUUAGCAUGAGUAGUACUUUGUUGUAAACUCAUCUGUAGUUCUGUUUAGAGCCAUUUAAAGAACAAGAGUGUGCCCUUUUAUGAUUUUUCAAAACAGUUGAAUAAUCUGAGUCACCCAGGCGCCGUUUCCGAUGAGACUUGAAGAGUUUAUGAUUUAUUUUUUGUUUUGAUUUCUGUAUUUUCUCUUAUGAUAUUGUACUUUGAUUGUCAAAGUGUACGAUGCAAAACAAUGAAGUCAAGAAAUGACUUGUAAAUGUAUGUAAUUAUUACAAAGCUGGAAAAUAUUGACAUGUACAGUUACAUGUGAUGCUGAUUUGAAUAUUUGUCUCUCAAGUUUGUUGUACAGAUGUUCGGGAUACCCACAGGUAUGUAUUUAAAUCAUCAUCCGAAACGCCUCACAUUCACUUCUGUCUUAACAAGUAGUCUUCACCCUUUUAAAUGGCAUUUGUGAAAUAGUCAGAAUGUCACGCACCCUUUCCAGUUUCUGCAUUGUCAUACGUAUAACCAAUAAAUCAGAUCA